CCGUGCUUAUUACCAAUCGCUAGACACUGUACAGCGAAAAGUAGCGUUUUACUUUCUACUUUUUUGAGAAAUGAUGGCCGGAAAAGGUGAGCCGGACAAACUGGACGUCGGUGCGUUGAGCGCCGAGCAGCAGGAGAAACUACGGCAGUUCAAGAUAAAAACCAGAAUUGACAAUGAGAAGUAUCUGAGGUCCCAUCCGGAGGUGGAGAUCCUGAUAAACGACUUUCUAAGAGAUGUGUUUCUUAAAAGGCCUGCUGACAUUCGAGAGUUUGCUGCAUGUCACUUCACCAACCCAAACCUUGAUGUUGUUAUUGGCUCCAAAAUGCGAAGAAAUUGACAUGGAACGAAACAGAGAAUGAAAGAGAUGUGAUGCCACAAGCUUUUCUGAUGUGUGU